AUGGCGCCCGCGGCGUCCAGACUGCGGGCUGAGGCCGGGCUCGGGGCGCUGCCGCGGCGAGCGCUCGCCCAGUACCUGCGCCUCCUGCAGCUCUACCCGGUGCUCACCAAGGCGGCCACCAGCGGCGUUUUGUCAGCACUUGGGAACUUCCUGGCCCAGACAAUUAAGAAGAGGAAAAAAGGAAACUGCUCUCAAAAGCUCGAUGUCAGCGGGCCUCUCAGAUAUGCCAUUUAUGGGUUCUUCUUCACAGGACCACUGAGCCACUUCUUCUACCUCUUCAUGGAGCACUGGAUCCCGCCCGACGUGCCCUGGGCCGGGGUCAAGAGGCUGCUGCUGGACCGCCUCCUCUUCGCGCCGGCCUUCCUGCUGCUGUUCUUCUUCGUCAUGAGCUUCCUGGAGGGCGGACACGCUGCCGCUGGCGUUGCCAAGGUGAGGAGCGCGUUCUGGCCGGCCCUGCAGAUGAACUGGCGCGUGUGGACCCCGGUGCAGUUCAUUAACGUCAACUACGUCCCCAUCCAGUUCCGCGUGCUUUUUGCCAACCUGGUGGCUCUGUUCUGGUACGCCUACCUGGCCUCCCUGGGGAAGUGA